GGAUCCACCGAGUGGUGUGGUGGAAGUGAGCCUCCGAGCCGGGAGGUGGCGCUGUGAGCCGGUCUCCCGCCGGUCGGUGUGAGGCCGCCGCGAUGCAGAAAUACGAGAAAUUGGAAAAAAUCGGGGAAGGAACGUAUGGCACUGUCUUUAAGGCAAAAAACCGGGAAACCCAUGAAAUUGUAGCUUUGAAGAGAGUACGUCUGGAUGAUGAUGAUGAGGGUGUCCCCAGCUCAGCUCUGCGGGAAAUCUGCCUUCUGAAAGAGUUGAAACAUAAAAAUAUUGUGAGGCUACAUGAUGUCCUGCACAGUGAUAAGAAGCUGACACUUGUGUUUGAGUAUUGUGACCAGGAUUUGAAGAAGUAUUUUGACAGCUGCAAUGGAGACCUGGAUCCUGAGAUUGUGAAGUCAUUUAUGUAUCAGUUACUGAAGGGCUUGGCAUUCUGUCACAGCAGAAAUGUGUUACACAGAGACCUGAAACCUCAAAACCUCCUGAUCAACAGGAAUGGUGAGCUGAAGCUGGCUGAUUUUGGGCUUGCUCGAGCAUUUGGAAUCCCUGUCCGAUGUUACUCUGCAGAGGUAGUCACGCUGUGGUACCGCCCCCCAGAUGUGUUGUUUGGUGCCAAGCUCUACUCCACUUCCAUAGACAUGUGGUCGGCUGGCUGUAUAUUUGCAGAGUUAGCAAAUGCAGGAAGGCCAUUGUUCCCUGGGAAUGAUGUGGACGAUCAAUUGAAGAGGAUUUUCCGUUUGCUGGGAACCCCGACUGAGGAGCAGUGGCCUUCCAUGACCAAACUACCUGACUACAAGCCAUAUCCCAUGUAUCCUGCGACAACAUCUUUACUGAAUGUCGUUCCAAAACUCAACACUACUGGACGAGACUUACUCCAGAAUCUGUUAAAAUGUAACCCAGUACAAAGGAUUUCAGCUGAGGAAGCCUUGCAGCAUCCCUACUUUGCAGAUUUCUGUCCCCCUUAAGGGGAAGGUGAGAGAUAUGGAGCUGCCUAUGUCAACUACCCCAUCUUCAAAUGUCAGUCGUCUGGAACCAACCACAACUCCUGCUGCCUGUACCAACCAAGUGGACGGGCAGCUGGGGCUUCUGAGAAUGACUGUUCUUUCUCGAAGGGUUUUUGUUAGCAUUCCAUUACAUUUAAUUGGAGAGAAAGCACUUUUUGUUUGUAAGGAAAUUGUGUGAAACCUGUUUGGUUAACCCUUUGUUGUCUAUGUGUGUGUGUGUGUGUGUGUGUGUGUCAUUAAUCACGUCGGUGAGCGUUGUCCUCUUGUAUGUCCUCCUGUAUGUGGCCUGAGCGUAUGUCACUAUUUCAUGUCUGCAUAUGCCACAUAGGUUAGUGCACAGUUGUUGUCAUCUGUAUAAUUGCGUAUGAACAUGAUGUAUACCCCUGUCUGUAUAUUCAUGUCUGCUCUCACUUCUGUAUUAUUGUUUGCUGCUGUCCCUGCUAUCAUGAAUGUGUCAUUGAAUGUGCUUCUGUGUAUAUGUAUGUUAACAUGGAUCUUGUAGCUGUGUAAUUGUGUGAUUAGACAGUUUUAUUAAGCAAAAACUUUCGAAUAUAGUGUUAGUGUGGAGACACCACAGAAUUUCUGCUGAAUACCCUUUUCUGGAAGCUGUUUUUUGGCAUUCUUUUCAAUUUAUCAUGAGAGAGCUAUGUUGUGGGGAAGAAAUGUUGUGAAACUAGAAAGUUUGACUGUUUGCUUUGUACUCUUGUAUUCUACCACCUAGUCUGUGUUCUCAGACCAUAUUUUUUAGUUUUUGCAUAGGUGCAUUAUCUGCUCUUUAAUCUGUUAUAAUAUGUGACUUCAGAUGUUGCAUGCAUGCUAAUGUAGUUCGUUUUUGAGUGUUCAUGUGUCCUGAUAGGUAUUCAUGUUGAGGGUGCUUUUGUGUCUGCUAGCAUGUGUGCCCGAGUGCAAAUCAACAUGUACUGUUAUAUGUUGUUGUGUCCAUGAUGCUAAGUGUAGUCUCACAUUGAAGUCUACGUUGACGUGUGCUGUUGUGAGUGCCCGUCCUGAAGCAUGUACGUCAUAUCUCCUCUGACAUGUGCUCUCAUGCCCAUGUUAACGUGUGCCUGUAUUAGAAAGUGUGCUGUGUUUAUUAAGCACUUUUCUUUGCCAAAUGUUUCUGUCACUGAGUAAAGUGUUUCUGUAGAGCCCAAAGUCCAGAGAUCACAGACGUAGCUCCCACCCUAUAUGAUGACUGUAUCUGCAAUCUGAUUAUACAUCCUUUCCCCAUAGAAUAUAUGCCAAGAGUCCUCUAAACAAGGAGCUGUCACUUCCUAUUUUGAUAGUGUGGUGUUGCUUAGGAGCCCAUUGAAGCACUUGUUAUAAUUAGGUCACAUAGUUGAUACAAACCCUUUUGUGUUUGUUUUAUCUAUGUAUGCUACAAAAAUAUAUCAGUCUGUGCCUCAACAGAUUGACUACACAUCAGAUAAACCGUAGUAACAGAAAAUCAAGAGGGUAGAUUGUGGUGGAUUAGAAAACUUUAUACUUAAAUGCAAAACAAUUAAGAAUAAACAACAUUUUGCUAACUCCUGUCAUGCUAAAGCUACAUUUCAUCCAAAAUAGGUAGAGUCUCCUGAAAGGUUUUCAGAUGUUUGGAAUGUUGCAGUUAGACUCUGUAUCAGCAGUUCAUGAUUACAAAGAGAAUUGUACAUAAGGCUACAGCCUAAUGCUGGGAUAAAAUUUCAUCCUGAGAGACCAGUGAGGUUUCUGUGAUGGUACAGUAAUGUAACCCUUUAACCAGAUAAUCAGUCAAAAGUGAUUCUGUCAUCAUGAACUUGGUGAACAUCCUUCAUUGAAGUGAAACUGUGCCAUUGACAGUACUUGGAUGUUUGUACUUGUGGAGAUGUAACUAAGGACUCAGUAGAAAGAAGACAUCAUUAUGUGGUCUGCCUGAAGACAGAUUUUGGGUUCUAGUCUUCUCUGUCCUGUGUCAGUCUUUUGAUUGUCUAAAAGCUUCCUUAAAUUUUCAA